GGGCGUGGCGACACCGAGCGGGAGGGGAGAUUGAUAGAGAGAGAUGAGAUGUUGUGGUGGUGUUGUUGUUGUUGUAGGGCCAGGAUCGGUCUUGGCGUUCUCCCAACCCAUUUUUUGUCCCUGACCAGACAGUGCGACAAACUAAGCUGCGCUGACCUCAACGGGCCAAUUUCUUCUAGACUGAUCAGAGAAUUCGUUAGAUCCAGCGAAGUCCAUCCGUGAUUGAUGACCCCUCAUCAGUUCCUACUAAGCCCAGGAAAAUGGUCUCCCCCCUCACGCCCUCACACCCGUGACCUGUGCCCAUAUUCCUGCAUUCCUGCAAUCCCCUAUUCCUCGCCCUCCUUCCUCUCCCCACCUCCAAGCUUGGAAUUGAGGCACAAUAGUUUGGCCCUGGCUGCAUCCCUCACGCACUUUCUUCUGGCUCUGAUGAGGUACGUAGUGUUUUCAAGUCUCCGGUCUGUGGAAAAAGCAACUAGCGGAGUCUUCGACCUGGCGGGAAUUUCCGCUGUCAUGGUACAGUACAGUCCUCGGCCUUUGACGACUUCCAUCUUGAGUGACUCCAUGCAACCAACCAAUAUUACCAGGACCUUUUCAGACACCUCUCAUCAAUCUCGCAACUAUAUAGCAGGCAUGACAGGGAAAUUGAUAGAAAUGGCGUCGCGGUCGGCAUUUGAGCCAAGUCGGGCCGAGUAAUUGCCGGAAUCCGGACCUCACUAGGGUUAGUCAUCUCGACUGGCUCGGCUUUCGGCAUUGCAUCUCCCCGAUCUGCUUUGUCUCAUUGCAGAAAUGUACAUACAGAGGACUGUACGGAGUACAGUACAACCACAUGGCUGCUAAUUGCCUACAUGAAUUGUGAAUAUGUUCUAAACCAUCGGUUAGUAGCCCA